GAUUAUGUUUUUUAGUUAAGUUUCCUGUUUAUUUUUUGCAUGUUUGAUUGCCUAAGGUUCAUGUUGAGGCUCCUACUAGAGCUAGUAUGAUUUUAGCUGGUGUUAUAUUAAAGUUAGGAGGGGUAGGUGUUUAUCGUAUUAGUAAGUCUUUGAAUUUUUUUGGUAUUGAGUUGUUGUUUUUUUUUUCUUUGAUUAGUAUGGUUUUUUGUUCUUUUAUUUGUGUGGUUCAGAGUGAUUGUAAAUCUUUAGCUGCUUAUUCAUCUAUUUGUCAUAUGGGAUUUGUUUUGUUAUCUCAAGUUAGUAUGGUUUAUUAUGGUAAAUCUAUGGCUUUGGUUAUGAUGUUGGCUCAUGGGUAUACUUCUGUUUUGAUGUUUUAUUUUAUUGGGGAAUUUUAUCAUAUUGCUAGUAGUCGUUUAGUUUAUUAUUUGCGUGGGUAUUUUAAUGUUAGUAUGUUGUUUUGUUUUGGAUUUUGUUUAACUAUGAUUUCUAAUUUUGGUUUUCCUGGCUCUAUUUCUUUUUUUUCUGAAUAUUUGAUGUUAAAUUUAGUUAGUUCUGUUUUUUUUGUUAGUGUUUUUUUUUAUUUGUUUAUUAUUUAGUUUCUUUUUAUUAUUCAAUUUACAUUAUGGUUUGUUUUUUAGUUGGUAGUAAGGUUAGAUAUGUUGUUGAUAGUCGUGUUGUUAUUUGUUUGCCUUUGGUUUUAAUGGCUUAUAAUUUUUUUGAUUUGUUUUUGUUAUUUAACAUGAAUGUUUUUUGUGGAAUGACUUUUGGUAAUGUUUUAAAGCAGAGUAUUAUUAAUACUGUGAAUCAUAAGACUAUUGGUACUUAUUAUAUUGUUCUUGGUUAUUGGGCUGGUUUAGGUGGAUCUGUUCUGUCUAUGAUUAUUCGUUUUGAAUUGUCUAGUCCUGGUGGUUAUUUAUUUUUUGGUAGUGGUCAGGUUUAUAAUUCUGUGUUGACUAUGCAUGGUGUUUUAAUGAUUUUUUUUGUUGUUAUGCCUAUUUUAAUUGGUGGUUUUGGCAAUUGGAUGUUGCCUAUUAUGUUGGGUUCUCCUGAAAUGGCUUUUCCUCGUUUGAAUGCUUUGUCUUUUUGGUUUACUUUUGUAGCUUUGUUAAUAGUUUAUCAAUCUUUUUUUAUUGGUGGAGGACCUGGUUUGCAUACUGUUGGUAUUGGGUCUUUAUUAGGUUCUAUUAAUUUUAUAGUUACUGUUCAGAAUAUGCGUUCUAUUGCUGUUACAUUGGAUCAGAUUAGUAUAUUUGUUUGA